AUGGCGUCCUCUACCUCGACAUCUGAGCGGCCGCCUACAGCAGUCAUCUGCGUAGGCAUGGCAGGCUCAGGAAAGACGACAUUCAUGCAGAGAAUCAACGCGCAUCUACACUCAUCCGAGUCACAACCGCCUUACGUUCUCAACCUGGAUCCAGCAGUGCGAAGCGUGCCGUACGACAGCAACAUCGACAUUCGAGACUCAAUCAGAUACAAAGAGGUCAUGAAACAGUACAACCUAGGACCAAACGGAGCCAUCUUGACCAGCUUGAACCUCUUCAGCACCAAGAUCGAUCAAGUCAUGGGGAUCCUCGAGAAACGCUGCUUACCGCAAACCCCACCAAAACCGCUUCCGAGUCACAUUAUCGUAGAUACGCCGGGUCAGAUUGAGGUGUUUGUGUGGUCUGCGUCUGGCAACAUCCUCCUGUCCUCUCUGGCAUCGAGUUUUCCCACGGUCCUCGCAUACAUUAUCGAUACCCCACGGACGACCGAGAACACCAGUACUUUCAUGUCGAAUAUGCUUUAUGCGAUUAGUAUCCUCUACAAGACCAAACUCCCCAUGAUACUGGUCUUCAACAAGACAGACGUCAAGUCAGAAGAGCAGGCAGUGGAUUGGAUGCGCGACUUCGAGAAGUUCCAAGAAGCCGUGCGAGAGGAAGAGGAGGAAGAGCGAGAAGGUGGCGGAUACAUGGGUCCACUUCUGAACAGCAUGAGCUUGGUAUUGGAGGAGUUCUACAACCAUCUGUCCGUGGUCGGUGUCUCAUCGAUGACAGGCGACGGUAUCGAGGACUUCUUCAAGGCGGUGGAAGACAAGAGAACGGAAUUCGAGAAAGACUACAAACCCGAGCUAGAACGGAGGAGGGCAGAAGCGGAAGAUCAGAAGAGCCAGAUAAGAGACCAGGAAGUCAACAGGAUGAUGAAGGAUAUGGAGGUGUCUUCCAAGGCGAAGGGCACUGGCAAGUACGCGAAGAAGGACGAGCCGGAGACCGUGAGUGACAUGGAGGAUGCUGAAGAUGAUGAGGACGACGAGGAGAGCGGCGGUUUGGUGGAUCCAGAUGGGGCAGAUGAAGAAGAAGAGGCCAACCAAGCAUUCGAGGAGGGGUUGAAGGCGAGGUACGAAGCUGCUCUACGGGAUGGUAGUGCGUCCGCGUCUGCCAAAGCAGCCUCCUCUGCAAACUACAUUCGAGGCAGCCAGAGAUGA